UUCAGGAUCAGAUAGAAAAUGAAUAACAAUUACUAUUAACAAUUUACUAUUCAAUAGCAGUUGCCACUGAUAAACUACAACACAUUGAAGCAUUUUUUCACUCACAAAAAGUCAAAGGUUAUGCUACAUACUUGACAUUUACGUAUGAAAGAAAUUUUAUUUACAUCUACGAUUCAAUAAAUACAGGGAUCAAGGCAGGUGACUUUUCCAUAAAAUACAUGUCUCCAGAGACAUUGUUGAACUCCGACUUAUGGGGGGACAUGAUUCUGAACUCUGAAGAUUACAAGGAAAGAGUGUGCUUAAUUGCCAUUGAUGAAGCACAUAUAUUAGAAUCCUGGGGUGAUACAUUUCGACCAACAUUUGUCCGACUUGGUGAGCUGCGCUCCCAUUUUCCAGGUGUGCCAUAUCUGCUGUUAACAGCAACUUGUUCACAGCAAGUUUUGCAAAAUAUAACAGGCAAAAUUCAUCUUCCUCGCCUAAAAUUAUUCACUGCAUCUCCAGAUAGGCCAGAAAUCUAUCUUGAAUAUAAGAGAUCCAGAGAGAUUUUUAAAGAAUUGGAUUGGCUUUUCAGUGAAAUUAAAAUUAAAGGCACAGAAACAAGGAAGACAUUGAUAUAUGUCAGAAGCUUGAGCCUUGGAGGAAACUUUUACAGGGAUAUUUUGGGGUACUUGAGGGAGCAUGUCUAUUUGGAGGAACAAAGGGGUUUCCACAACAGCCACAUUGCUCUCUAUCAUGCAGGGAUGGCAAGCAAGGAUCAGGACUAUAUACUUGAUGAGUUUUCAAAACCUGAAAGUGUCAUUAGACUAGUCAUAUGUACUAUAGCCUGUGGCUUGGGGAUCAGUAUCCCAGACAUUGAAGUUGUUAUUCACUGGGGAGCCGGUGACUCUAUUAUGGAUUAUUGGCAGGAGGUUGGAAGGGGUGUUGCUAAAACGCGGAACGGAACGGAAAACGGAAAAUAUCAUAUCAAGUUUAUCGCUGUAAAAGGGUAAAGACUGGCCAGAAACGAUUUACUUUGUAUCAUUUAUUUUUAUCUUAUGAAUGAUUAUGAACAUGUUGCUGUCUUAUUGAUAUUCUUAUGAAUGUCCAUCAAAUUUAGUAUUGUAGUUGAGUAUGAAACGAAAAAAUCAAAUGCAUACGAAUUGUGAAACAUUAACACGAUUAAAAAAGAAAAUUAGCUAUUAACUUUUUACUUAUUUUUCUUAUAUGGUAUUGCUGGCAUAUCAGCAUAACGUACGCAGUUAGUGAAAGCGA